CCCCACCCCGUCCCUUGGCGCGUUGGCGGGCGGCCGCCAUGUGGAGCAGCCGGAGCUCGUUGACCAGCCUGAUCGUGGGUGUGUUCGUGGUGUACGUGGUGCACACCUGCUGGGUCAUGUACGGCAUCGUCUACACCAAGCCCUGCCGCGCCCACACCAACUGCAUCCAGCCCUACCUGGCCCGCAGGCCCAAGUUGCAGCUCAGCGUCUACACCACCACCCGAUCGAAUCUCGGCGCUGAAACGAAUAUAGAUCUGGUUUUAAAUGUGGAGGAUUUUGAUGUCGAGUCUAAAUUCGAAAGGACCGUCAAUGUGUCCGUUCCCAAGAAAACACGAAAUAAUGGCACUCUCUAUGCGUACAUAUUUCUGCAUCAUGCUGGGAUUUUACCUUGGCAUGAUGGUAAGCAGGUGCAUAUAGUAAGUCCUCUGACCACAUAUAUGAUCCCCAAACCAGAAGAAAUCAAUCUUCUCACUGGAGAAUCCGCUACCCAGCAAAUUGAAGCGGAGAAGAAGCAGACGAAUGCUCUCGACGAACCGGUUUCUCACUGGAGGUCAAGGCUGACGCUGAACAUUAUGGUAGACGAUUUUAUCUUCGACGGCUCCUCUCUCCCUGCUGACGUCCACAGAUACAUGAAGAUGAUUCAGUUGGGGAAGAGCGUGCAUUACCUGCCGAUUCUAUUUAUUGAUCAACUAAGCAAUCGAGUGAAAGACUUAAUGGUAAUAAAUCGUUCGACAACCGAGCUACCUCUAACAGUGUCCUACGAUAAAAUAUCUUUAGGGAAGCUCCGCUUUUGGAUUCACAUGCAAGAUGCCGUCUAUUCUCUACAGCAGUUUGGAUUCUCCGAAAAGGAUGCAGAUGAAGUGAAAGGAAUUUUUGUAGAUACCAACCUGUACUUCUUAGCUUUGACCUUCUUUGUAGCAGCAUUUCAUCUUCUCUUUGAUUUCCUGGCAUUUAAAAAUGAUAUCAGCUUCUGGAAGAAAAAGAAGAACAUGAUUGGAAUGUCUACUAAAGCAGUGCUCUGGAGGUGCUUUAGUACUGUGGUGAUCUUUCUUUUCCUUUUGGAUGAACAGACAAGUCUCUUGGUUCUGGUCCCGGCAGGCAUCGGGGCAGUGAUCGAGCUAUGGAAAGUAAAGAAAGCCCUGAAAAUGACCAUUAAAUGGAAAGGCUUGAGGCCCACAUUCCAGUUUGGAGCAUACAAUGAAUCUGAAAGAAAAACAGAGGAAUAUGACACUCAGGCUAUGAAAUAUCUGUCAUAUUUACUGUACCCGCUCUGUAUCGGAGGGGCAGUUUAUUCACUCCUAAACGUUAAGUAUAAAAGUUGGUAUUCCUGGUUGAUCAACAGCUUCGUCAAUGGGGUGUAUGCCUUUGGAUUUCUCUUUAUGUUACCACAACUAUUUGUGAAUUAUAAGAUGAAAUCUGUAGCACAUUUACCAUGGAAGGCGUUUACAUACAAAGCUUUCAAUACAUUCAUUGAUGAUAUCUUUGCCUUUAUCAUCACUAUGCCAACGUCACAUAGGCUGGCAUGUUUUAGGGAUGAUGUGGUUUUCCUUGUGUACCUGUACCAAAGAUGGCUUUAUCCUGUGGAUAAGAGUAGAGUAAAUGAAUAUGGAGAGUCCUAUGAAGAAAAGCCCAAAAGGAAACCCCACAGAGAUUAACCCUUCAAAUCAUUCUAGAAGAGGCCUGUCUCGGGACUGCCUUGGAUUUCGUGUAUUGGAUACUAAUAUUGUUUUUCUCCUCUGCAAGCAAAGAACAAGGUUGGCAAAUCAUCAACCAAGUAUUUUGGGAAAGCUUCAGUGGACUCUUAUGGACAUCUCUCUUCUACAUUGCCAAAACCUCUUUUUGAAUGCUUCCCGUAGAUUUUCUUUCUGACCCAUUUUUCUUGUCAUUUUGUCUUCGUGAAGAAGGCUGCCAAUAAUUCAACCAGCCACCGCCGAGCACCUAAAAGUUUUCCAGGAAAGUUUCCAUCUCAAUCCCAGAGCCGUACGACAGUUUUCACCCUCGAUGGCUUCGAAAAGAUCGGCCGCUGGCAACGAUUUCGAGUGCGGCUGCCGUUGCCCGCGUCGGCGAAGGCUGGCAUCGGAGAGAUGCGCUGGAUACUGGGAAAGUAGGGCAAAGCCAAGUAGCGCUCGUGGGAUGGAGAAAUGGCAGUUACCACUGCAGACAGUUUUCUAGGAUUUAAAUCACCACCGUGUACAAUUCCACAGACCUGUAUAAUAAGCACUCUGACCAACAUGUUGAAGAAUCGCUUUUCCUUAAUUUAAAAAUGUGUUUCACUAUCAGCGCGUUCAUUUUCAAAUAAAUUUCACUGGCUGUAGAAA